AUGACGUUUGGGACACCGAUUACGGCGUUUCCGUUACUAUACGAACAUCUCAUCCCUUUCUGCAACUCUACAACCAAUCCAUCAAAUGUUGCUCAGUAUCCAUACUUAUGUUCAAUGAUUGAACACGUUGUUAAUGACACAGACAUCGACAUAUGUGUCAACGGUUACAAAGGAUCGCUUGAUGUGGAAAAGCUUCGCACCCAAUGUAUCGACACAUUGAAUCAUAUGUUUCCGAAGACCACUCAUUACACGGAAAAGGCGUUGCUUUCAAUGCAUACUUUGAGCACCCGUUACAGUGAUAUCGGAUACCAUAUCACCCGAUGUUUAGCAAUCGUUAGGCACUACGACUCGUGGGAUAUCCCGCCGAAGCACAAGAAUACUCUUCUUAAUUACGAGGGAUAUCCUUAUGAAAAGAGCAGUCAAAUGGAUUUGGCCGACAGUUUCGGCGAAUACCCAAUACUGUUGUCAUUUCCCGAUAUAUACGAUGUCUAUCUGUAUAUGUGUGAAGACAAGUGUGUGUUUGGCAAGAAUCUAACCAAAGUUGAGAUCUCAUCGGAAUAUAUACUCAACACCUAUUGUUAUACAUAUGAGAAGAAAAGCAAAGAGAGUAUUGCAUGCAUUGCCAGAUAUGUUGAGUCCAAAUACCAUUCAAACGUGUGUUUGUAUGCAAACACUUUACCCGAGAGCACAGACACCACAUUCAACAUCAAAGGGAUGACAGCCGUGCCAUUUGUAUUGACACCCAAUGGCCUCAAGUCGUACGCAAAUCAUACGUCUGAAGACAAAUAUCGAUAUUUUUGCAAACAAAUCGCCGAUGAAAUCGACAAUCAUAUCAUUGGAGACGAGUUUCAGGGCAUCACUGCUUAUGUGGAAGACUAUGACAUCAAUAUAGCGGUCGUAUCGGUGCUGACGCCCGACUCGUCCGUCGGUUUUAAACGACAGAUAUUUACAAUUAAAUGGGACAUACAUUUGGAUUACAGCAAAUACAUCAAACUUAAAACGGUUAUAAAUGUCACUUCAAAUACAUACGAACACAAUAUACAGACGCAUACGAUCGGCAUUUUCACAUCUAAUGACAGAGUUUUGGCCGCAGUGUCGAGGCUUACCUACGAAGACGUAGGCCUUUAUGAGAAAUAUAUCUCAUGUCCGGCAAAAGGUUUAAUAUAUGCGGUGACCAGUAGUUAUUGGGAAGGCGUCUGUCACGCGACCAGAUAUUACAACACCCGUCUCAGUGUAUUCAAUAUCGGUUCCCAAAUAUACCACCAAACGGGCCGUUAUUUCUAUUACUUUACCUAUCAGUCCGAUCGCAUGAAGUUUGACAGACAUGUCACUCAACUAUUGGCCACAUAUUUUGAAACGAGACAUCGGGUGACCGGGUAUUCAGUUGAGUCGCGCCAUAUGUUGGGAUAUUAUGAAGUGGUAAUACACGGCAUGAGUAGUCCCGCGUACCGAUCGUUAGGCCGCUAUAUAUACGCCAUGUUUACAUACAGUGGCAAUACGUUUAUGGGAACCCAAAUACUGACGCCCGUUGUGGACCCGACAGCGCACUCACCCGAACUCAAUGUCAUAGACUUCACUUUGGGUCCGGCGAAGGGAGACAUUAGUUUUGCUAAUGAUAUGCAUCUCUUACUAUUUGGGGGUCUGUUUAAGGGCCAAACGGCCAGCGAUUAUUACGUCGGCCUAUAUAUGGUUUAUAACUAUAACGACACAACCAUUUGGGUGUCCGACACACAUAGCAAGGUCUUCCAACAAGUAUACUUUGUCUUUAAUUAUAAACCAAAAGACGUUGGUGAGUUUGGCUUAAAUUAUGCCUAUAACUUUGAUGAAUUAACAUUUGACAAAUUGGUGGGCAUUUACUUUGACACAUACGGCACUCACACUAUACCUACCGGUCCUUAUUUGGUGGCCAAUGCCUACAAAGAAACCAAUAAAGACUUGCUUUACAUCUAUAAUAUGUAUAACAAAAAGGAGAAAAAAAUGAAAAGUUUAAAAGACAUCGAAGUCGAGAGCACAUAUCUCUACUAUUUCUGUGGUAUAGGAGGGGUUGAUGGAGAGGCGCCGUCGUCCGGAUGGCACACAUCAAUUGUGAUUAAAAUAAUUUGUGGUCAACAAUCGGUGGUCAACGAACCGAAGCAUCAAUUAUGCAAUUAUACAGAGAUUAUGAGUGCAUUUGGAUUUCAAAACCAUGUGUUUUAUCAAAUCUACACCAAAGACAAUACAUCCGAGUUAUGGAAAGUGAAUGAACCGGGAAUUGAAGACAUGGAAUACGGAAACUAUACGGGCAUUAAAAUCGACAAAAAAUAUUACAAUUUAUCACACGAUUCAACCCAUUUAUUACAUUUGCUUCACAACUUAUUUCAUUUGCCGUUUGGGACACCGAUUACGGCAUAUCCGUUGGUUUACGAAGAACUGAUCAAUUUUUGUAACUUUACAUCAAAUGCUGCCAAUUAUACCCAUUUGUGUGCAAUGAUUACACACGUUAUGAGGGAUCACAACAUAGACCUGAUCUGUAUUGUCGCGACGGGAGACACAAAACUUCUUAAAGAUUUUACUGAACCUUUGGUACAAAACUGUUUAAUCAAUUACAAACUAUCUGCUGAUCUUCAAAAACUCCGCACCCAUUGUGUCAAUACAUUGGAUCAGAUGUUUCCGACGGCUCAAUACGUGGGCAAGUCUUUGGUGUCAAUUCAGUCGUUGAGCAGCCGUUACAGUGAAACCGGAAACUAUAUCUCCCGAAGUGUAGCCAUCUUUAGACACAUCCAUCCAAACCAUUUGACAAAACUCAUAAACACACUCUUUUAUUAUAAGGCAUAUCCAUAUAAUAAGACCAUUUCAGUGGACUUCGUGGACAUUUACGGCCAAAAGCCGAUACUUAUGGCAUUCCCCGCCGGGAAUCGUUCGCUCCGUUUGAUAUCUGCCGACUCGGCUAUCGUUUUGAUAGUGUCUUCAGUUUGGGACCAAAUGUUUACUUCAAACAAAACUCCAGAUUUUGGCGAUAUUUUACAGAAGUCAUGGGAUUUUAUCGCUCAAAACUACUGUUAUCGCUAUAAAUCUGGCCUCAGUUUGGAGGCCUGUAUUAGCAGUUAUGUAAAGUCCAAACACUAUUCAAACGUGUGUUUGUAUGCGUCCACUCAACCCAUCAACCAAUACAUCACAUUUUCAACCAAAGGUCUCAUAGCGUAUCCAUUUAUACUGACUCCGGAUGGCCUCAAGGGAUACUCGUAUGCGGAGUCCGAAGUGAAUUACCACCGCUUUUGUCAAAUAUUUGCCGAUUCAGUGUAUAAAGUGAUGGCAUUGCGAGGCUUAUGGCACCACCACUUCCAGGGCAUCACCGCAUAUGUGGACGACUACGAGACUAACAAAGCGGUCGUAUCGGUGCUCACGCCUGACAGUAAUCGGCAACACAUCUACACUAUUGCCUGGGAUUUGAGAAUUAAAUACGAAAAACACAUGAAUUUUACAUCACUUAUAAAUGUCACGGCAUUUGAUUAUAUACAGGAAAAUCAAACUAAUAUUACCGCACUUUUCACACAUUAUGAUAGAGUUAUGGCUAUAGUAUCGAAAAGUAUUCAUAAACAACCGUAUAUUUAUGCAAUCAAUAACACAUCAAGUGAUGAGCCACUGUUUAAACCCGUGGAUAACUAUUUAUGGCACGAACUGAUCACAUGUCCGGCGAAUGGCUUAAUAUAUUCAGUGACCAGUAAUUAUUGGGAAGACGUGUGUCCGCUGAAGAGAGGGUACGACAGCCGUCAGAGUGUCUUCAAUAUCGGUCCCGAUAUAUACCAUCAAACGGGCCGUCAUUUUUAUCUCUUUAGUUACAACGAUCGGGUCUUUGAAUUUGAUAUACAUGUCACACAACUGUUGGCCAUAUAUUUUGAAACGAGACAUCGGGUGACCGGGUAUUCAGUUGAGUCGCGCCAUAUGAUGGGAUAUUAUGAAGUGAUAAUACACGGCAUGAGUAGUCCCGCGUACCGAUCGUUAGGCCGCUAUAUAUUCGCAAUGUUUACAUACAAUGCCAAUAAGUUUAUGGGAACCCCAGUACUGACCCCAGUUGCGGACCCGACAGCGCACUCACCGCUACUAAAGAUCAUAGACUUCACUUUGGGUCCGGCGAAGGGCGACAUAAGUUUGGCCAAUGAUAUGCACCCCUUAUUAUUCGCGGGUCUGUUUUGGGGCCCAAACCCCAGCGACUAUUACAUCGGCCUAUAUAUGGUUUACGGCUAUAACGAGACAACCAUUUGGGUGUCGGACACACAUCACAAUGUAGUCAAACAGAUAUACUUUGCCUUUAAUUAUAAACAGCAAAAUGUAGGCACAUUUGGCCCAACCUAUUACCAUAAGUGGACUGAUUUAAAAUUUGACAAAUUGGUGGGCAUGUACUUCGGGUACGGCCCCGACCUCAACAGCCCUACCGGUCCUUAUUUGGUGGCCAAUUGGCUCAAAAACGACAAUAAAAACAUGCUUUACAUCUACAAUAUGUAUAACCAAAAUGACAGGAAAAUGUCACAUUUGCCAGAUAUCGAUGUUGACUACACAUAUCUCCACACUUUCUGUCGUAGAGGAGGUGUGUUGAGGGGCUCGACCUCCGGAUGGCAAUCAAGUAACGGCAUCGGCUACAAGAGGUGGCACACAAUGACACCCAUUAUUACGUGA